AUGUUCCCAUAUAGUUUCGAUUCAUGUUUCAGUUGCAUCGAAUACGCUGGUGACAACCAAUAUACAACGGGAUGGUGGUCUUCAAUCGACGACACAGUUUUCGAUUGCGAUUUCGUCGAAACAAAAUGCAAAUCAGGCACUGAGACCAAGCGAUAUAUUCACAUGCACAUAGCAGAGCAGAAGUCAACAACGGAUAAAAAUCUCGAUCCACAGAGGCAUCCCGAUGUCGUUCUAAUGGUGAUUGACUCCGUGGCAUCGACUCAAUUAAUAAGGGCUCUACCGAGAACAGUGAAUUUUCUCCUGCAUGGAAUGGAAGCCAUUGAGUUUCGCAAGUUCAACAAAGUCGGAUCCAACAGCAGGCCGAAUGCGUUUGCGGCACUGGUUGGUGAGUGUGAUAACACUAAUGCAAAUAAUGUGGGUUAUAACCCAAGCAGCAAAAAAAUAUUCAACAAAACUCGCGGAAGUUGA